AUGUUAUUUCCAAUUCUGUCUGCCUCUUUCCUCGCAUCGUCCGCUUUGGCGAUCCCUGUUCCACCGCCUAGUGACUCCAAAUUCAAUCUUGGUAUUCCACUGCAUACAUCGUACAUCAAUGGCAGUAACAGUGCGGACAUUCGGCCGGGAGAUAUCACUGUCAUCAUGGAAUUUACAGCUUCAGAGAUCGGACAGGGCAUCAAGAAAGACUUCCAUUGGAUAACUUAUGAGCAUGAUGACACGGCCAAGAGUGAUGAAAUAACACCUAUAUGGAAUAUGACUUGCUUUGCAAUUGCCAAAAAGGCUUUCGAGGGACCUGCGGAAUUCACCCUUCAAGACCACUCUCCUUGGAUCACAGCUGGUGUUAACGCAUCUGGCGUACAAGAUGGAUCAGCUGGUAUCUCGUGUCCUACAGGGUCUUGCUUAUCGGAUGAAUGUAAAGGCAAGGAGCUCCCAUUGAUCGACACGUUUCUGCAUUACUAUAUAUAA